UCCUGUGUGUAGAACUGCCCUUGGUUUGGCUAGCGGGGCCAUUACAGAUAGUAUGAUAUCUGUGUCAUCGUCAGCGGCAGGGAAAACAAAAGAUAAGGUCCGAUACAACUGCUGUACAGAAGAAGAAAAUGGAGCGUGGUGUCCAGCAUCCAGCGACCACCAGCCUUGGCUUGAAGUCAGUUUUCCUAAACCUAUGGCCGUGUCUGGUUUGAAUUUUCGUCACCCCAGUCAAAAAGAUUCACACACGUUCCCUAGCAUGUACAUGGAGACUUUUGAACUGGAAUUCAUAUCUGCUAUAGAUCCCAUCAGAGAAUGGCGUAGCUUUCAUAUGCACAUACCCUCAAUUUACAACUCCACGUUAUACUACAAUAUCGGAGUGAAUCCAUACAUCGUCACAGAUGCUAUUAGAAUUUAUCCAGAAACUUACCAUACAGCAGCUUGUUUUAGAAUGGAGGUCAUUGGGUGCGAUCCAGCAGGUCUUUGUAAUAGAAAUUUCUGUAAGAACGGAGGGACAUGUGUUGGAGUCGAUGUUUGCAAAUGUCCUCCUGGAUUCUAUGGGGACAGAUGUGAUAAACAAACUUCAAAUAUGGUGCACCUUAAUUUAGGAUUUACACAAAUAAUACAGAAUGUUAUUCACACAAGCUUGCAAACUACGUUUAACAUUCACGGAACUGCAACCCUUGUUAACAGUGUUUUUGGAAAGGCAAUAAACCUAACAGGGAACAGUUAUAUCACAGUCAACAACACGGGAUUCAACGCCUGUCUUAAGAACAUUGACACGUGUUCGUCUGGUUUUACUCUUGCGAUUAACGUGAAUCUUCAUCAACUUACUGAUAACACGUACAUUGUAUCCAGUGGCGGAGACCUUCAGAAUCACAAGGGGAUAGCUCUCUUAUACCAAAAUAAUAAACUACAUUUUAUUGUUACAACAUCAUCAAAACAGUGGAUCAUAUCGGUACCAAAUACCCUGACCUUGAAUGUCUGGCACAAGAUCGAGCUCUCCUGGAGCCAGACAUCCGGGUCUUUACUUGUUAUUGAUAAUAACCUAGCUGGUUCUGUAAGCCAACCACAACCAACAGUGGCUCAUCAGGUCAUGCCACUUACAAUAGGAUACGGCUAUCAUAAUCACGUGUCCAUCUCUAUGACCGUCAGUGGAGUGCAAACUUUUGAUUCUCAUAGGGAAAACCUUAUGAUUAAUGGAUUGGUUACUACUCCUAUUCCAACCACGGCAGAACAAACAACAUCCACUGCAUCGAUUACAACAAAAACAGGUAAGAAAAUUCAUUUACUAAUUUAA